CAGUCUGCGGACAGGAAGUUAUUGAAACAUUGUAACUUCGCACUUUUCUUUGCCUCCCUCAAAGAGCCUCGGACCGCAAGCCUUCACUGGGGCCACAAUCUCAGUUGACGAGCAAGUGCUUCCCAUACCAAACCAUUUUAUCACCGCCAACUCGAUCGGAACAAUCUUUCAAGUUACCAUUCUUACCAUGAUAUCUGGUGCUUUCUCUCCUGCCAAUGCUCAACUGUGGACCGUGUACUGCAUGGACGGCCCCGAUCGCAUUGUCCAUGAUCCCAGUGGCGGAAAGAGAAAGGGUGGCCUGCAUCGCAUGGCCUAUCUGAACGAACACAAUGCCUACCAGAUUGCCACGUCGUUGCAGAGCCACCGUUGUUUCGUCCGCAAACAAGCUUCCGUGCCAAUGCUUGCACCCGAUGGCAUCACCAUGAUUGGAUCUUGCUUCUUGGUCAAGGCUUCCCGAGAAGAUUGCGAGCGUUUCAUCCAAAUGGAUCCAUACUACGUGAACAACGUGUGGGCGUCCGUGUCCAUCAACAAGUUCUCAGGUGCUACCAAGGCACUCGAGGGCAGCAGCAGUGAGCCCACCACUGCUCCUGCAUCCAGAACACGAGACCAGCGGGGACCUCAUAACCUCCAAGGAACCAACUCUGCGGGCAAUGGCUUUUACAUAUCCCGUCGGAUCUAGAUCUUGCCUGUCGAAUCUUCAAUCAACCAGUUUGUAUCUUCUUUCUUCAUAGAUUCAUGUUCCACAUGCUGGGCUUUUGCUUUCUCGUUGCUCUUGGUCCGACCUGGGGCAAUGCAGUACAAGUAACUAGUUACCUAGCGGACUUUAUACAUUUACAUAUACAUACACGUGAAGCCA